GGACGCUCCUUACUGUGCAGUUUUUGGAUCCGUGUGGCUGAUGCUGUGUGGACACUUGACAGAUCUGUCUCAUUCACGCUCCACUCACUCGCGAUGUAGGCACUGUCCCCUUCAUGCUCGACGGCCAUUCCUAGUGCCCCGGUAGCUCCAUACUCUCCUCACCUUUCAGUGUUUUAUUGGUAAGUCACUGUCUUUUGAUUCCAAAGUAGAGCUCUAAGGUGGCAUUUGAGUAUGCUGGGAAAGGAAAUGGGUUACUUUUUGUUCCUGUUUUUCUCCUGUGAGCAAUGAAUCAGAGCAGAGGUUUGCUAUGCCAGGGAACAGAGCAGUUCUGCAGGUGGAGUGUCUCUCCUGGGUCAGCUCCUUGUGCUUUUCCUUCACUCGAGCCAAACUGUCACUGAAGUCAAGAGGUUUUUUAAGGGAAAGGCUCCAUUAUGUUUAAGACAGGGGAUUCAUUUCUCACAAGUGUAAUGGAGGUGAUUGUAGAUGCCUCUGAAAGUGUUACACGGAGCAUGGAGAAAGGUGUUUUUCAAACCUUCAUUAAAAAUGAGUUUAUAAGGCCAAUAAUGAAACCUCAGCUGUUAUUUCACAUCUGUAUGUGUACAAGACCAAAUGCCAUUAGGUUUCACUGAAAAUUACAGCAGCUCAUUCUCUCCCUUCACAUUUUCCAGACAUGGUCCACUGCAAGCUUUGUGCAAGGUGACAUCUUUUCCUUUACUAUAAUUUGCUAUAAAAGAUAAUUUACUGUAAAAACAAGGAAAUAUUGCAAGUUAUGUUUUCUCUUUUAGCAGCAUUUUUUUUUCUCAUACUGGUUUGUGAAGUGUACAUGAUUUUGGAUAUAAAAACAAAUUCCAAGAUAUUAUAGACUAUCAGAAGAAAUGAAACGUGGACUGAAUUUAAGAAACGGAACCGUGUUCUAGCAGAGAUGCAUUAGUCUCAAAAUAAUUGCUAAAGGCAUUUUUCUAGAUUUGACAGCUUAUUAUUUAUCAUGAAAACAUAAGUAGAGCAGGUAUCACAGUAUGGAAAUAUAUGUAACACAGCUAUGGAAUCAUUUAUACAUCAUUUAUAUAUAUAUAUGUAUUGCAUGCAUGUGUAUAUAUACAUACACAAGCAUAUGUAAGAGUAAAAUCAGAAGUAAUUAAAAUGCCAUAUUUCAUAAAUAGAUACUUUAGAUGAUGAACCUCUUCUGUGGCAGGAUCAGAAAUACAAGUAGAAAUAAUAACUGGCACGUUUAUAGAUGCCAGGUUAUCUGUCUUCUGUAGAUGGAUACAUUUGACAUCACAGCUUUGAAAAUAUAUUCUCUCUCUUGCUCAUUCUCUUUAUCACACACGAACGCACACAGCAUCCACAAAGCCAAUUUUACUUAUACUGAGCUUGUUAGCUAAUGGUAGAAUAUUAAUUCUGACGCGUAAUUCCGUUCCAUUUUUAAUGAAUUGCCUCUUUUUCACUAUUUGUCUUAAUGGGGACAAGAUGUAGCGGAGGUUUGUUAGGGUAGCAUGGUCAGGUUGUGGUUGGACUUAAUGAUCUUUAAGGUUUUUUUUUCCACCUGAGCAGUUCUAUGAUUCUAUGAUUUUCAAGUGACACAACCAAUAUAUAUAACUGCCAGUUGUUAUGAAAUGAUCCCAAGUUAGGUAACUUGCUUUGCAUAGCACUGAAUCAGCGUGCAUUAUCAUUCCUUGCAAGUAGUUUUUCUUGAAUUUCAUUUUUUUAUCUGUAUUUUUUCCAACUACGAAAAGAAAAAGAGCUCUCCCUUUGCAAACAGUAUGUGAGACUAGAGUUAAACAAUUUCCUGUCUCUGUAUUUGAAAGCACAAUCAGCAGUGCUGGAAGUAGUCCUGUUCAAGUGAAGUUUAGCACUGCAGAGCUAGCCUGGAAGUGUUCUCAGCUGAACUAGUGCCUGUUUGAAUAUGAUGCAGGUAUUUUGUUGUUGGACCUAAUGGUGAUAGCUCAAAUAAAACUCUGUGAGCUUUGUGAGCCCUUGGGUUAAGUCUGAUGUCAUUUAAUCAUUUUUUAUAUCAGAGCACUCCUUUAAAGUGUCUGUUAUUUUCAUAUGAGUUGCACUGGCUUUAAGAGUUGCUCGCUGGAGAAUAUAUUGACACUGAAAGAAGAUAAAAGACUUGGAUCUCUGCAAUCUCUCCAGCCACUGGAGAUAAGCAUCUUUUUAUUUUAUUUAAGAAGGCUCCCCAAGAACAUUACGACAGAGCUGAACUGAGCGUAUCUUCAACUGCUUUGGAGUAAAAAAGGAAUUCCAUAAUAUCAAAGGCAACAUUAUUGCAGGAUAUCAAAGAUCUAUUCUGUUGUGGAUAGGGUUUUUGUUGAACUAACUUUGUUGGGAUAAGAAGUGUUUCAGCACUCUAGGAUUUCCAAAAAUGUUGCUUUUUGUGUGGAAAUACACUGUUGUGCAUUUACAGGUAUCUGACUUCCUCAUAGUAAAAUUAAAUUGCACAAAAAAUAACUAAAUGACUGUCGUUACCUUAACUAACAGCUCGAAAGAAGUUCAGUGCUGACUUUGGAAAUGUUCCCUUUUGAAUUUCAGUGACACUGUUGUUGGAAAUCACAAUAAGUUAAAUACCAAUAAUAGUGACUUCUGCACGUAAUGAUGAACUCCUCUUCUUGGGAACUGUAGCACACAGGUUAGAAAUCUGAAACAAUGGGUGACUGGAGUUUUCUGGGGAGGCUGCUAGAGAACGCGCAGGAGCACUCCACGGUGAUUGGCAAGGUUUGGCUGACAGUACUGUUCAUCUUCAGGAUACUGGUGCUGGGGGCUGCCGCUGAGGAAGUCUGGGGAGACGAGCAGUCAGACUUUACGUGCAACACUCAGCAACCUGGUUGCGAAAAUGUUUGCUAUGACAAAGCCUUCCCCAUUUCUCAUAUCCGCUUCUGGGUGCUGCAGAUCAUUUUUGUCUCCACUCCAACCCUCAUCUACCUGGGCCACGUGCUGCACAUUGUACGCAUGGAGGAGAAGAGGAAAGAAAAAGAAGAGCUGAAAAAGAGGGGAAGUGUCAAAGAGAACAACUAUCCAGGAGCAGCAGCAUCUGGUGGUGGUAGUAGAGGAGGCAAUAAUUUCAAGGACCCUCCUAUGAAAAUGGGAAAGGAGAAGCUUCCGAUCCGUGAUGAGCGUGGUAGAAUCCGUAUGGGAGGUGCUCUGCUCCGUACCUACAUCUUCAACAUCAUUUUCAAGACGCUGUUUGAGGUAGGCUUCAUUGUGGGCCAGUACUUCCUUUAUGGCUUUGAACUAAAGCCAGUCUACCAGUGCAGCCGUCCGCCUUGCCCACACACUGUGGACUGCUUCAUCUCACGGCCCACUGAGAAGACAAUCUUCAUCAUCUUCAUGUUGGUGGUGGCCUCUGUCUCCCUGCUGCUGAACAUGCUUGAGAUAUAUCACUUGGGGUGGAAGAAGCUGAAGCAGGGCAUGACAAGCCAGUACAGCCUUGAGAUGCCUGUUACAACGCUGACACCGGUCAUGGUAACAGGAGAAUCCAAACCAGUUUCCCUGCCACCACCAGCACCGCCAGUGGUGGUAACGACCACUGCACCUGCUCCUGUUCUGCCUGACACGCGUGCUGUCACACCGCUGCUGGCUCCGGUGACCAUGGCACCCUACUAUGCUGCAGCUGCUCCUAGGGCACGGCCCCCCUCCAACACUGCCUCCAUGGCAAGCUACCCUGUAGCUCCACCAGUUCCGGAGAACAGGCACCGUGCUGUCACCCCUACGCCUGUCUCCACUCCUGUCACCAUCCCAACUCCCAUCCCCACACCCACACCAGCUGUCAUCAACUACUUCAACAGCAAAAGCAAUGCCCUGGCAGCCGAGCAGAAUUGGGUCAAUAUGGCAGCUGAGCAGCAAGGCAAGGCACCCUCCAGCUCAGCGGGUUCCUCCACCCCUAGCAGCGUCCGGCAUCCUCUUCCAGAGCAGGAAGAGCCCCUGGAGCAGCUUCUCCCACCCCCAGCUGGGCCACCCAUCUCCACAGCCAACAGUGGCAGCAGCACCAGCUUGAGCGGGGCAAGUGGAAGCAAGUGGGAUGUGGAAGGCGAGGAGGAGCUGGCGGAGGAACGGCCCAUCUCAGCCACCUGCACCACCGUGGAGAUGCAUGAGCCACCGCUGCUUGUAGACACACGGCGUUUGAGCAGGGCCAGUAAGUCGAGCAGCAGCAGAGCCAGGUCAGAUGACUUGGCCGUGUAGUGCAAUCACCGCUGUGCAGCGGAGCAGGUGGCUGAAGGCAGAGUGGGCAGGGGACCUUCCCCAGAGAGGCCAGGCCUGGCACGGGUGGGAAGGCCUGGGUUUCAACUUUGAUGCUUGCUGUUUUUGCACUCUGUGAGUUGUAGUGGGGAAAAAUAGCAACGUUUUCUAAUAGGUCAGGGGUGGCCAAAGCGCAGCCCGUAGGCCAGGGGACCAAUCCUGCUCUCUUUAAUGUCCAUGGCAGAUCUCCCAAGGGCAGCCACGGUGGAGGCCUGCAGAGGUAACAGGUGGUGAUGGUAGCAGGUCAAGUGCCCUGAGGCUGACUUUCAUUUGAGCAAAAUGUUCCUAUCCCUACUGCCCACGUGCCUGCCAUCAUCUCCUUCAUGCCCUUGUCUUCACUUCCAGCCUUUUCACAUAAGCUCUGUGUGAGCAGAUGCUAUGACUUAUUUUCUUCCUUUUAAAUCCCGUGUAGCCCAAUGGCAAACAUCAGGAUGGCACGCUGCCUGUUGGCACCUGUCAUCUCUCUGGACCAACUUGCCAUAUUAAAGACCAAGGCCACUGCAGUCUCUUCCAUAUAACGCAACUUAAGGAAGCCUUUGUGUUCAUGGCAAAUUGCCAACGUGGUCCUCUUGGCUGGGCAAAAUUUAGGUAACCCCUGUAGUAGAUUUUAUCAUUUUGAGGUUCAUCUUUCUAUUUUUUUUUUCCUUUUUAUUUUUUAACUCUUGACCUGUUAAGAAGUGUUCGGUUUGACCUUCUAUCCAGUGUUUGCCAACAAUGAUCACAUCAUGUUUUGAAGCCCACAUAUAUAUUUGAGCAUGCUUGAUUAUAAUUUUAGAUGACUUCUGAAAUUGCUUAGAAGAGGACAGGAAUGUAAACCAUACACCUCAGAAAUGAUUACACAGAACAAUUUCUCUUCAGAAAGCAAGGAUUAUGGUUUCAGUACAUUGUGGCCCUAUAUGUUGCCCAUGGAUAAUCAAUAGGAUGAAGUAGAGCUCUGCAUUUUAGACUAUUAGUUACCAGCUUAAGUUUGUUGGAAGAAAGCUAUUUAGAAGUAAACUUGAGUGCAUAUUUUUAAGUAUUUGAACAUUUCUAGAGUAAUUUUGAUCUGUAGAUUUAAAGUUAAUUGACUGUGUACUUACUCAUUUUAGUUUGAUUUUUGAUCUUACAAGAAAAUGUAAGGGGAAGGAAUCUUAACUAAUGGUGACGAAGACCCAAACCAACAUUUCCUGUUAUGAUCUACCCUGUCCCUUAACAGAAAUCUGUAGUGUCUGAGAAGUCUGUAAAAACAGAUUUAGACAAUGUUAUGUUGCAGAAAAGGUGGCUAAAAUAUCUGGGCAACAUGCUGAUGGGUCUGUAUUGACCCCACUGAAGUCACUUGCAGAAUUUCCAUUCAUUUUAACAAGGAGCAAGGUUUGGCGAUGGAACUUGCAGGCCGUAUUCAGUCAGAACUAAAAUUCACAUGGAGUUUUGGGGCCAGAACGAGUAUAGAUUUGGGGCCUUCUAUAAAGACUUUAAAAUCCUGCUUUUGAAAAUUGUGAACUUCUCUUAAAAAUGAGUGGAGGAAACUACUGGGUAUUUUUUUCUAAGGUGCAGCUUUCUUUUUAACUGGCUUAAUCCUUCAUUUCAUUGUAACAAAUGCUCUUACAGAAAUUAGUCAGAAUUUUGAAUUCCUGAGCAGGCUUGUGAGAGUUUGGGUACAAAGAAAUGCAGGAUUAGGUUCAACUUCUGUUCUAAGCAAAAUCCAAAAUAAAUGAAGCAUAGAGUCAGUCUUUUUGCUCCUGUAAAUUGGAAGUACUGUAAUUGGAGAAGAACAACCAAACACACUGGGAUAACCCUUCACAUGUUGGAAGUAUUUGGCCUGGCAGUGCAACCCUUACUCAGGCAAAGCAGGGUCAUCCUGUAGCAAACAGCUAAGUUGCCAGUUACUUUGCUGUUAAAUGUUUUCUGGAAUGUGUUUAUUUUAUUCAACAGUUAAAAUGUUCCCACCACUCAAGCUUGAAGUGGUCUGCUUUUGAAUAGACACAAGGAUUUUCUCUUGGUCAGAGAUGCUGUUCUGCAGCCCCUGGGCAUGCUGUCUCAUGACUUCAUUGACCAGCUUGUAGUAAACCAGGUGAGAAGUCUUUUUUGAUGCCACUGAUCUCGAGGCAGACACUUCAUUGAGAGUCAAUAUACAGUGGUACAGUAAAGACAUCUACUGUUAGUGUUCAGCUUGAAGCAUUCACUCUUGGAUUUUCUGUUAUAAGCCAUAAAAACCCUUUCUAUAAGAAAGCCGAAAGUUGAAUCCCACUUCCUAUUGUAUCCAUGCAACUGUGCUGAACUUAAUGAAAGUUGAUGAAAUUGCCUCACUGUAAAACAAAAGGCAGAGUUUAGCACUCAAAAACUAUGGACUCAUUAGUAGAGGUUUGUAGUAGAGGUUUUUUUGAGUUGAGGUAAGUGUCAAAUAAUUAGACUGCUGAAAUAAUGAAAUAUGCAUCUCUGCAUAUUAGUACAUCAAAAUUCAUUGGCUGGAUUUUCCUUUCUUUCGUACUUCUGGAGAAUGAAGUCAAAGUCCUUCUGGAGUGUAUUUCCAGACCACCUGGGAAAUGUGUUUUUUUUGUUGUUUUUUUCUUUAAUAUUGAGGCCCGAGAGCAAAACUGACUUUCUGUUGAUGGAGCCCUGUAUCUUGCAGUCCUUAACUUAGUGCAGCCCCUACAGAGUGAGUCCUGCAGUACUGCAUCCAUACUGUAUAUAAAAUGAGAGCAGAGAUAUUUUUAACUUAGGAUCAACUGAUACCUUCUGAAUUAACAUGUGGUUAGACCUGCAGAGAGCUCAGGUGCUUUUGUGGAAUAUGUGGUAUUUUCAGGCAGAGUAAUUACUGGAAAGAUGUAAAAGAUCUUUUUUUCUUUUUUUUUUUUUUCUUUCUUUUUUUUUUUUUUUUUUUUUCCCCUGUAAGGUUCAGGGGGAGAAAUGUAACUCUUAUACAACCCGAAGAGAAAUUUGACAGCAGCCUCCACAUCAAAGCAGAGCUUGUCUGAGAAAGCAAAUCUACAACUUAAAGGUUGUGCUUUUAAAAUCAGCUUGUUUAAUUUCCACCAAAUAUUUCUACAGUCUUAAGCUUCUUGGUUAGCUACAAUUCAUUUAGAGUCCACUAAUUGUUCCUUCUUUGAAGCCCAGGUAAUGGGUUGAGCAGAGCUCCCCUUCAGUGCUUACCACUCCUUUUAGUUGUUGUGUCACAUCUGAGAUCAGAUUUGUUGAAAAAAGUCUCAUUAAUGAGAAUUUUAAUUAAUCUUUACUUAUGAAUUUUCACUGAAUUCACAUACAUGGUAAAGAAGAAGGACGAAGCUCUUGGUCGAAUGCAGUGUUAACAUAGGACUGUAGCUCUUAAUUUGGAACUAAUGGAAAACUUAGGAUAAGAUCUAAUUCUUUGCACUUUGCUUUCCCAAAUAAGAAUUACAGAUAGAAAAUAUUUAGUGUCUAAUAAGACAUCUUCAGAACGUAACUAUUGGCUGGUGUAUCAAAAGGUGAGUUGUUACAGUGAUUUAAGGUAUUUGCCCUAUUUGGUAUUAAAAGCAGGUUAAUUACCCUCCUUCCAUAGUUCUAGGAAAAACGUACAGACACCAACUAACUCACAGAACAGACUGUCAGUACUAUCUGAUAAUUUUCAAGUUGUUUACUCUCAUACAUUAAUUAACUCCAAAGAAGGAGCUGAUAGCAAAUAAUACUUUGAUUUAGCUUGGUCAUGCAGGAGUUUGAAAACAAAAUCCUGAAAGAUUGUAUUCACACCCAUAAACCAGUUAUUGCAGAAGUGGAACAGAAUCAUGCCUGAUAUUAAGAAAAGUGAAAAAAAAAGUAACCACUAAUUUUUACUCUUUAAAUAGAAUCACUGUGGGAAGAUUGUUUUGCCUUAAACAUAAACAUAGUUAAAAAAAUAAAGGUUAAGUCAACUAUGAAAAAGAAGAAAAGCAACAACAACAACAAAUACUUUUUGGACAAGUUACAGGUGUGUGAUGAGCUGCUCUUUUUCCAGUAAGACAUCUCACUGUUACUAACUGACCCUGCUUUGAGCAACAGGGUUGGAGUAGAUGGCUUGCAGAAGUGCCUUCCAACCACAGUGAUUACAUGGAACAUAUUCACCAAAUUGCUGGUUGCAGAAGUACAUUUUUUCACAACAGUUUUACAAAGAUGUAAGAAAAACCUAUCUGUACUGUACAUAAAUGCAUGGCUUCUUUGCUGUGGGCACAGAUGUUCUGUUUUCUGCCACUGAGCUUUUUUAAUUAGUGCAGCUGUGAGUUAAUAGAAAAGAAAGUCAAGUACAAUUUAAAACCACACAUUUCUUCCCUUUGUGUUUUGAUUAAAUGAAAACAGCCCACCUGAACUUCCCUUUAUUGAAGUGGUAUAUUUUUGUCUAUGAAAAUCCAUCUACUGUUUUUUCAUAGAUAAGAAGGUACUGCUUGAAUUUGUUGAUCCAGGCUGCCAUUGAAAAAAUGUUAACUUCUUGAAAAUAGACAGCAUGACUGAGAAAGCAGAUGAACUGUGUUCUAUUCCAGCCUAAUUCAGAAACCAGUGGUGUGCAAAGUGGUGCCGGGGGUUGAUUUGGCUUGGCAUAUCUGUCAUUUGUGAAGGUGCAUGGAGCUAAUUAAGUGUCUGACGUUUUGCAGCUCUUGAGAUUAUUGCCGAGUAUGAACACCUAACUAAGUGUAUGAUCUGUAGAAUAGCUAAAGCAAGCUUUAAAAUUCAGAUCAGUACUUAGAUCCUCAUUCAGUGGCUCAUGGGGCUGCCUCAGCUGAUGCAGGUUGUUGCAUCUCAUUGAGCUCCUGUGAGUGGUAGCAGUCUGCAAGAGCAGAGCAUUGAGCCCCCAGGUCCUUUAUAAUUUUUUCAGUACAUACAGUAACAUUGUGGAUUUGAACAGGCUGGCUUUUUUUCUUUUUUUUCUUUUUAUUUUUCCUCCCAAAUAUUUUUGUUUCAUUUACUUUGAUUUUUUCUUGUGAGAAGUGUGCUCUUGUAAUUUUAAUUUUCUGAAGUUUACAUUCAGUUUUUGAUUUCAGAUUGCACAUUUGGAUGAAAUUGUUUUCUGAGUUUACAUUUGUGCAAGAAUUAAAAGAAUGACUCUAGCAAUAUGCUGAACCUAAAAGAGUUUGUCCUACUCUAGCACAGAAGCUCUUCAGACAUAAGGCAAUACCAUUAAAUAAAAUGAAACCCGAUCACUGACCUACCAUAACAGUUUUGUCUGCAUAUUUAAACUAUGGGAACUGGUUAUAUAGGGAGAACGCUAUGGAAAAAUACACUUCAUCACAAACAAUUAUUACCAAUCAAUUUAGGGAUCACUAUUACUUAUAUGCCUUUUCGUUUGUGUAGAAGUUCAAUGACAGAAAUCAGGUGUGGUGUAUGUGUUUUAAGAGCAAAAUUUACAGCUUGGUUGGAAAUUCCAAACAAAAUACUUGUUGAGAAACACUGCACUGUUUAAGAUAUUACCAAAAAGAUGAAUGUUUUGUUUUCUAGCCAACAAUACGGUUCUGAGCCUGCAAAUACAAUUUCAUAUGUCAUUUCUACUUGUGCAGAUAAGACCAGUAAAUGUAAUGGGACUAUUUGCAUAAGCAAAAAACACUGACAUGAAAAAAAUAAAUUGCAGAUUUGCAUUUUAAGUUUGUUGCAAGAUGCCAAUCAGAUUCCAGAAGCUUCAGUCCUUGAAGAGUUAUGCAAGAAAUGUGAACAUGCUCUAACAUGGAGAAUAUACUUCUAUUCCCAUUUACACCAUAUCUCACAGUUAAAAGGUUGUAGAGCACCAGAAAGCUUACUCACUGCUUUCUUGUUGCUUACCGGAUGUUUGUCAUCUACACGACAGAACCAGACAACAAACAUGAUGAAUUUUCUGGACCAUCAUGGACUUACAAUAACAAUAAAAGCAGCAAACAAUUAGAAGUGCUGUCUUCCAAGAAGUGCCUUGUGUAUUAAAUUCUGUAAGAAACAAGUUGAUGUAGAUGUUUAUUUACCUCAAAUGUUUACAAAAUCGUGACUAAAUAAAC